AUCUAAUAUGAGGGAUGUGCACAGAAGUCUUCAUCUGCUCAUGACUCCGUUGUUUUGCGUGACUUUUUGAGGAUUUCUCACAUCUUAGUCUGCAUGUCCUGAACAAAGUACAAGACUCCUUCAUUCUCUUCUACAAAACGUUUGCUACCUUCUUCAACUUCUCCAGGAUGGAUCCGCGUGGAAAAACAUUGAGUACUGAGUCAACUGUAGCAGACGAAAGAAAAACUGAUAAAAAGACCGUAUCUGCAUCUGUCAUAAAUGAGGAUCUUUCUUCAGAAAUUUCAAAAUGUUCUUUGAUUGGAGCUCAAGUUCCAAGUUUGAAGAAAAGACUUAUUGUUCUUGACAUAAAUGGGUUGCUAGCAGAUGUAGUUUCUCCCCCUCCAAAGGAUCGCAAAGCAGAUGCAACCAUUGCGAGGAGGGCAAUAUUCAAGAGGCCCUUCUAUCUUGAGUUUCUGGAGUUUUGCUUUGAAAAGUUUGAAGUUGGCAUAUGGUCUUCGAGAUUGAAGAAAAAUGUUGAUUUAGUCGUUAAUUUUUUGAUGGGAGACAUGAAAAAGAGGUUGCUUUUCUGUUGGGACCUUUCUCAUUGCACUGGAACAUGCUUCAAAACUCUUGAAAACAAGCAUAAGGAUGUGGUUUUCAAGGACUUGAGGAAAAUUUGGGAUAAGUAUGAUCCUAAUCUUCCAUGGGAGAAAGGAUAUUACAAUGAAUCAAAUACGUUACUAUUGGAUGAUUCUCCCUAUAAGGCAUUGCUUAAUCCUCCAAACACCUCGGUCUUCCCUCAUACAUUCAGUUAUCAGGUUGAAAACGACAACUCUUUAGGUGAAGGAGGGGAGCUGAGAGUAUAUCUAGAUGGUUUGGCAAAUGCUGAAGAUAUGGCUAAGUAUGUUGAGGAACACCCAUUUGGCCAAGAACGAAUUAGUGAAACAAGUCAAUCUUGGAACUUCUAUCGUCAGGUUAUUGAUAGUCUUUCUGCUGGCCAAAACUGUUCUUAAUUUGAAGACAAAAUAAGAUCAUUAAUGAAACAGUUGUUUUGAUCGUUAUACUUUCUUUCAACAUUGCUGAAAAUUUUCAUAUGGAAUACAAGGUGCUACAAACAAGGUGAGUAUUGGAAGGAAAAAUAAUAAUGUAGAUGGGAGAGUACUUUUCGCAGAUUACCUACAAACUUUAUCGAUCAUAAUAUUGUUGGUUGAUGUCUUGAUGAGA